CACCAAAGCCACUACGACACCCAGCAGCACCACAUGUCUCACCACAGCCACAUCAGCAGCAGCAGCUACCAGUCGGGUCACGACCACCGCCAGUUUCAGUCCAAGGACGCCCGACGCAGCACGGAUGACGACGACGAGGACAACGACGACAACGACAAGCUUAUCUCGGUCGAUGAUUUCGACGACAGCGACAACGAAGACAUCCGCAGCUGCAGCACCCUGAGCCCCACGCCCUCCGACAACGCGGUGAACAGCAGCUCCUCCCGGUCCUAC